AUGGGGUGUGACCAAUCGAAAAGUUCAAAGGUGACUGAUGUGGCUACUGUUAAACCUUCAACACCUGCGGUGCCAGAGUCUGAGCCACCUGGUCCAGUUCCAGCAGAGCCGGAGGUUGUGGAAAGUGCCAAGCGGGCUUCACCUUCUCCAAUAUUCACCCGACAAGCGAGCCCACUUCCCCAGCCGAGCCCUGUCCCUGAUGAUAACUAUACAAUUAUUAGGCUUUUACUAUUAGGAUCUGCUGAAAGUGGCAAGACGACGCUACUCGAGCAGGUCCGACUUCUUUACAAGCAGCAUUUCACAGAGUCCGAAAUUUUUCAUCGCCGUAUGUUCAUUUAUAAUAAUUUAUUCAAAGCAAUUCGCAGUCUGGUCAUUGCCAUGAACGAUCAUGGAUAUCAGUAUGACGAUCCUGUGAACGCGGGUCGCGCGCAAGUGCUAUUAGAAGAAACUGACAAUCACUACGGAUUGUUCAAUGCCGAUUUGGCGGAGAAGAUCAAGUCGGUCUGGCGGGAUGCGUCGGUGCAGAAGCUGUAUGCCAGGCGAAGCGCGUUCAAUCUCAACGAUUCAGCAGCCUAUUUUCUCUCAAAUCUGGAUGUGAUCAAUCGUCCCGAGUAUGUGCCAUCCGAGAAGGAUCUCAUCAUGUCAUAUGUGCCAACGGUCGGCGUUCAAAACGUCAUAUUCACUGCCAAUAAUCAAACAUUCCAAUUGUUCGACAUCGGCGGCCAGCGGAUCGAUCGACGCAAAUGGGCAAUACAUUACGAUGGAAUCGACGCCAUCUUCUUCUGCAUCGCCAUUUCCGAGUAUGAUCAACUAAUGAAUGAGGACAUGAUGACGAAUCGCCUUGACGAUGCUCUGUUACUCUUAGAGAAAAUCAGUAAAGAGCCGCUAUUCGAGAAAACAAUGAUCUACGUUUUUAUGAAUGAAGUAGACGUUUUUCGAGAAAAAAUCAGCGAGAUCCCACUAGAGAAUUUUCAGUUAGAUUUUAAAGGUGGGAAUGCUGCCGACGCGCUAGAGUUCAUGGAAGAGCUGGUGGUGAAAUCGCUGGCGAAUCGAGAUCCCAGUUUGUACAAAAUCUACCAAAGUGUCGCGAUCGACACGAAAUUGAUGAAAGACAUCCUCGAAUCAGUAUUCAAAGACAUCAAAAAACGGAAAAAGUGA